CUCCCUCAUCUUUGGCACCCGACAACCUCACUUUCAACCCAUCUUCCGCGAUACACUCAGCACUUCGCUUGAUCAACUGGAUUUGACUCUACUUUAAACGACACUUCAUCAUGCACAAACCGUCGCUGGCCCAGAUCGUGCACAGCGCACUGUUUCCGCGACCGCGUGCAAGCGAUCCCGCAACCUUUUCCGCUCAUAUCACCCGUAAUCUAGUCCCUGAGGUCCGCGUCGAGACGUCAACAUUCUACGGAUCGCUCGACUGCAUCGAAGCUCAGUACCCAGGACUAGACUACUCACAUGGCCCUCAUCGCAUGAGGCUGAGCCGUUUCCCAUGGCACCGCAGACUGUUCAGAGCCUUUGACGAGUUGGGCUUCACGGAGGUUGAGAUAUCGUCCCUCUGCCGCUGGGAGGGAACAAAGUCGGCUCGUGAGCGUUAUGAGAUCGAAGAGGGAGUGAAGGUGCGCGAUACGACUGCAGAGGGUAUCCAACCUGCCCCCCCUUCUCCUCUCCCCUCCAUCGAAGUACACUACGAGGAUGGCCCAGAACCCGCGAAGGAACCACAGCGCAGGGUAGAGAUGCCAUGGAGAGAAGUACGCACCCCUCGCGAUGUCAUUGAUGAUCGUGGCAUCGAGUGCAUCCUCGAGGAAAAGGCCGAGGAAGAUUACAGCGAAGAUGAAAUGGAAAGCUGCGGGGUUGAACUAAAUCAUCGUCUUCUGGCUGCAAGCGCUGCACGUGAACAGGGUGCCAAUGUACCAUUGGACGAAGAUUGGGAGCAAUGGCUCAAGGAAGCCGGAGAACGGGGAAGCUAUACUGACGUGCUCAAUACAAUCCGAAUGGGCCAGCCCUUGGGAUACCUUUACGAUAUACCCUCCUCGUUGCCUCACCUGGAUCGAGCAAGCAUUCGGUCCUCUACCUCAUCAUUAUCGGAACCCUUCAUAUUGCCAUCACCAUCCACACUACUUGCUUCUCGACGGCCGGCUCAUUCGCCAUCCCGAGCUGCACGCUAGAAAAAGAGUAUGCUGGAAGGAGAAGAUAAUUCGCAUAUUGUGCUUCCUUUUCUCGGAUUAGCGAAUGGGUUUGGCUUAUCUGAUCGAUGCAUUUUCAGC